AUGAACAACACCACUGAUAUUCAAGGUCUGACAGAAAAGCUCCUCCUGGGACCACCUCCACCGGCUUCACUGCCUACCAGAGCCCUGCCUCAUAGACCUCCGCCUCUUAAGAUCCCACCUCCUACAGGCCCACUACCCCAAAUCCCGCCUCCAAGAGUUUUGCCGCCUGGGGUUCUUCCUCCUGGAGUUCGGCUUGCAGUGAAAUCACCCGGGUUUCCAUCUCCUGGAUUCCCAUCACCGGGAGUUCCAUCUUCAGGGGUCCCUCAUCCUGGUGGCCAAUCUCCCAGACUACCGCCACCUCAGGCGACAUUCCCGAGACCCCUCUGCACAAAGUGUAAAGUGUGUCUGGACUGCGACAAAGAGCUCAUACUACAGAAACAUGCGUUUCAGAAGCAGUUCAUCAACGAGGGCACAGGCAUGGGUCUCGUGGCUACAGAAAACAUCCCAAUUGGAAGCAUCGUCAUCUCAGACCAGGUUAUCUGGGUGAAGAGAGAAGAGAAAAAGGCAUGCAAGACUGACGAUCAGCUGGAUGAACUUGUCUGCCAAAAGAUCGGGACUAUGGACACGGAUUGGAAACGUUCAUUCCUGGACCUUCCCAACCCCAAGUCGGAAACUCUGGGACCAUUUGGGGGAAGAUGGGACCUGUAUCAUCUCCCGAUGGUCUGGGACGGACUUGAGGGCGGAGUCUUGGGCCCCAAUUUGGCAUAUGUGAAUCACUCUUGCGCCCCAAAUGGCUACUUUACUCUGACCAAUCGCUACCCACAUGAUGAAAAUGGAAAGGCGACGACGGAAAAGCCGAUUAUGGGUCGGGCUGUGGUUCGAGCAAGCACCGAUAUUUUGAAAGGCCAGGAGAUCACCAUCAGCUAUUUCUACUCCAAAGGAUGUUCUUCUUACAGGCAGGUUUACUGCUCACUGCUUUACGACUUCCGAUGCGCCUGUAAAGCCUGCGUGGCGCCCGUGAAACUGUGGGAGACCGCAUUGGACAGGUACACACAGUUUGAGCUACUUCUGCACUGGAAAGAUGUCAUUGAAGCCAGUCCUGCGGGGAUAUUCCAACAGGCGAACGACUUAAUCUCAAAGCUGCUGAGCACUCGCAUCACGGACAUCCGCUUGACCAUGGUCUGGGUGAAGUGCGCCUUAAUUGCCGCCUUUCACUCUGAUCUCGCUCGCACCUUUUGUUUCCUUACCAAGGCUAGAAGGAUGGGAGUCGUUCUCCAGGGACCGACGGGCAUUCUCUAUCGUCAGCUUGCCAGGUGGUCUGAAGAUAUGAGCCUCAUGCCCGGGUUUGGAGUCACUACGAGAGGGAUUUCUACAGUGCAGGAUGCGAUGUUCAUCUUCAAGCACCAAGCGCUAUCCAGAGAAGUCCUUUUUAUGGUUGGAGCAAAGCCAGACGAGUACGUCCGAGUUAAUAGAUACUGUCGCCUGUCGGAACAGGAGAUGAAAGAGAGAGAUGGCCGCGCCUUCAAGAUUUUGGAACCAAAGGAAAUCGACAGAAUGCCGCAGGGCAAACCCAGCGAGAAUCCUGUUGUCAAGCCUGAAAAACCUUGUGUCAGAAAAUGGGCCCAAAGCCCUGGAGAUAUGAGGAGAAGGAAGUAUAUCCCCGAGCUUAACCCUAAGCCUAAGCGCAAGCGCAAGAGCAAAACAAAGCCGAAGCCCAAGCCUAAGAAAAAGCCCAAAACCAAGCUCAAACCCAAGGCAAACAUAGACAAUGAGGUGAAAAACUACGAGAAGUGCUUGGACUCUGAAAAGGACUUUUUGGAUCUGUGGCUCGAAUUGGUUAAUGAUUUCUUGUCCACCCAGCCAGACAAUGAGAAGCCAAAGGAGGAAGGCAAAUCCGAAGAGACCACGAAGAAAGAGGUUCAGCCUGCGAAUACCAAGAAGCCAUCCUCAAAGGGCAAGGAGCCUGCUCAGACACCGGUGGUGAAGAACGUGGCCAGGAAGAAAGUGGUGGUGACUGAGGGAUCCCGCCUGCCUACAGUGGAGGAAGCCAGUGCUGAAGUGCACGAGAAGAAGUGA